AUGUCGGACUCGGAGUGGACGCCAUCCUCAUGGAAAGCUAAGCCGGUCGCGCAGCCCGUGAACUAUCCAAACGCAAAGCACUUGUCGAGUGUCCUUGGCAAGAUCAAUGCCCUCCCACCACUGGUCACACCGUCGGAGAUUGAGCGCCUCAGAUACCAACUUUCUGCUGUUGAGAGAAACGAGGCCUUCCUGCUUCACGCUGGAGACUGCGCCGAGAGCUUCGAUGCUUGCACGCAUCAAAAUAUCUCGAACAAGAUUGGCCUCAUCCUCUCCUUCUCGCUCAUUCUCAUCUGGGGCGCCCGCCUUCCGGUCGUACGCAUCGGCCGUAUUGCAGGGCAAUACGCGAAACCGCGCAGUAGUGGUACGGAGAAGAUCGGAGGUCGUGAGGUUCUCAGCUUCCGCGGUGACAAUGUCAACGGCCUGGACAUCGAUGAUCGGACACCCGACCCCGAGCGCUUGCUACGUGCAUACUUCCACUCCACGACGACACUCAACUACGUCCGCGGCCUCCUCACCUCGGGCUUCGCGUCACUCCAUCACCGCCACCCGCGCGACUGGUCGCUGUCCCACGUGCGCUCGCCUUCGCUAAGGUCCGAAUUCGAGAACAUCGCGGAAGGUCUCGCGGACGCGCUCGACUUCAGCAGCACGAUCGGCGUCGACUCUGGGAAGGGCAACGUCCCGUUUGAGCGCGGGGGCGGCAAGGGUGUGCUUGGCGAGGUGGAUUUUUACACCAGUCACGAAGGUCUCAUGCUCGACUACGAACAGGCGCUCACGCGCGAGUUUCCCGCAGAAGGCGGCAGCAGCAGGAAGGAAAAGGCGCACUACAACACCUCGGCACAUUUCCUCUGGAUCGGCGACCGGACGCGGCAGCUCGACGGCGCGCACGUCGAGUACUUCCGCGGGAUCCGCAACCCGAUUGGCGUCAAAGUCGGUCCGUCGAUGCAGGAUGAGGAGCUCGUGCGGCUGCUUGAUGUGCUGAACCCGGACAAGGAGAGCGGGCGUAUUACGUUGAUUACGCGGUACGGUGCUGGAAAGAUCGACAGCCAUCUAGCGGGACAUAUCAAGGCCGUUCGCGCGUCCGGCCAUCCCGUCGUCUGGAUAUGCGACCCCAUGCACGGAAACACCCUGACCUCCGCCACGGGCCUCAAAACGCGGCACUUUGGCACGAUCAUCUCCGAGAUCACGUCCUGCCUGCGGAUCCACAGCGAGCAGCACUCGCGCCUCGGCGGCGUCUCGCUCGAGUUCACCGGCGAGCUCACCGACGACGGGUUCAGCGUGACGGAGUGUCUCGGCGGGAGCAUGGAGCUCGCGGAGGAGGAGCUGGGGUUGCGGUAUCAGAGUUUUUGCGAUCCGCGGUUGAAUUUUGAGCAGUCGUUGGAUGUCGCGUUCAUGAUCUCGAACCAUUUCAAGGAGGAGAGACGGGGUGCAAAGGGCGGGAUCAGCGAGAUUUAUACGGCGCUGGGCGGGAAGAAGUCGACGUAG